CAUUAACCAUCGAUGCUAAACAUGCUAGACAUAAAUAUCAUCCGCAAUCUCUUAGAACAUGUACUAUCACUGAUAUUAGUUCUGAAACAGUAACAUCCACUAUAACCUGUUCAACAGAAACACCUACCUUGAGCGCUUGCCCUGAUAACAAACAGGUGCCUCAUGAUUGCGACAAGUGCGAACAAACAACAGUAACUUGCACACCUACUUCAACCGUUUGUGCACCUACCUGUAUUCCUAGUGGAG